AUGUCAGAUAGAUAUAGACCUCCAACGGGGCCAAGGUCAACUAGAGGCGGGUAUAAAAGGCCUCCUCCUGGUGCAUCCAGUAGAUAUAAUGAAAGGGAUAACUAUAGGCCCAAAAUUCACGGACCAGCAGCUCAAGCAGGUCAACCACCACAAGUCGCCUCCAAUGCUUCUCCAUCUUCGGCGCCUUCCUCCAGUACAACAGAACGACCAAGACCAACUGGUCCUUCUUAUAGACCAACUGGCCCCAGCGGUUCAGCUGCACCUGGUGGACCUAGCGGUGCCGGUGGUGUAAAUGGUAAGAGAAAUUUCCCAUCGGGACCUGGAGGUUAUAAACCAGAUAAAAGAAGACAAACCACCCUGACAUAUAAACCAAAACCAUUUUACAAAUCCUCAUAUUCUAAUGUUCCAAAAGGACCAGCUGGUCCAAAACCAUUCAAUGGAAGACCAAUACCAAAUAAAACACCAACUGGUCCAGGAUUAAAACCAAGAAUUAAACAACCAUAUGCGCCAAUUAAGAAGUUACCUAAAAGUCAAGCAUACUCAAUACAAGUGUCUAAACCAUAUGAAAUAUACCAAAGAAUUCAACAAGUUGGUGAAGGAACUUAUGGUAAAGUUUAUAAAGCCAAAAAUAGUUUAACUAAUCAAUUUGUGGCAUUGAAAAAAUUAAGAUUAGAAAGUGAAAGAGAGGGGUUCCCAAUAACAGCAAUGAGAGAAAUUAAAUUAUUGCAAUCAUUUGAUCAUGAAAAUAUUGUUGGAUUAUUAGAAAUGAUGAUUGAACAUAAUCAAAUAUAUAUGGUAUUAGAUUAUUUGGAUCAUGAUUUAACUGGAUUAUUAACUCAUCCAGACUUGAAAUUAGAAGAAUGUCAUCGUAAAUACCUAUUUAAACAACUAAUGGAAGGCUUAAACUAUUUACAUAAAAAAAGAGUUAUUCAUCGAGAUAUAAAAGGAUCAAAUAUUUUAUUAGACAAUAAAGGUACCGUUAAAAUAGCUGAUUUUGGUUUAGCUAGAACCAUGAAAUUAUUAAACACUGGUGAAAGUCCUGAUUAUACAAAUCGAGUUAUAACUAUAUGGUAUAGACCACCAGAAUUAUUAUUAGGAGCCACUGAUUACGGUAGAGAAGUUGAUAUUUGGGGGGUUGGGUGUUUAUUAAUUGAAUUAUAUUCUAAAAAUGCAACUUUCCAAGGAACUGAAGAACUCUCACAAUUAUUUAAAAUAUUUGAUUUAAUGGGGACCCCUACAAUUGAAAGUUGGCCAAAUAUUGAAAAUUUACCCUGGUUUGAAAUGUUGAAACCAAAAGUUAAUAAAAUAUCUAAAUUUUCAAAAGAAUAUAAACCAAUAAUGUCUGAACAAAGUUUUGAUUUGGCCGAAAAAUUAUUAACACUCAAUCCGAAGAAAAGAUUAACCGCCAGUGAGGCACUUAAUCAUGCAUAUUUCACUAAAGAUCCCAAACCAGAACCUUUAUAUUUUUUGAAAGAUGUUAAAGGUGAAUGGCAUGAGUUUGAAACUAAAAAGAGAAGAAGACAAGAACGUAAAAAAUUACAAGAUGCUCAAAAACAGGCUCAAUUUCAAGAACGUCAA